AAUUAGCUGCACACUUAUUAUUGUUGCCCUACAGGCUGUAACUAAUUUCUCAUGCUAUGUGUGUGCACAUUUGCAUCAAUUCACCUGUGUACAUUCACGGAUUGACUAUGGUUGACCUAGUGGGGGAGGGGAGGAGGGUUUGGGUAGCUUGCAUGAUGUUAAGCUCAAAUCUCAUUGUCGCCAUUGUGCACCAAAAAAAUUAUGCACAUCCACAACUUGGUAAAGAUAUCUGUUUUACUCCCAUACACCUCUCAAUAUCUUUCCCACAUCAGUUAACUAAGUAUGUAUGCAGCUUCCCAGUACAUCCUUUGGUGGAAGCUCGAAACUCGAUAUCAUUACCUCCAAUUUGCCCAAUUCAGUAUGUUGAGAACACUAUAGUAUGCCAUGAUUAUCAGGAGAUAAAAAUUCAAGAAAGUACACAGGUGCUAGGUAUUGGGGCAAUUCCUCGUUCAAUUCUUGUCAUCUUAAAGGAUGACCUCGUUGAUGUUGUUAAAGNUGGAGGUUUGUGAUAUUGCUGUUCUUGACAUCUCAGCAACAACCAUUGAUCAAGAUGAAUCAAAUGUUAAAAAUAUUCCUUCAAGUAAAGGCUUUAAUUUUGAUAUUGAGGAUGGAGACAAGGUAUUACCAGGUUUCCUUGAUUCAAUAAUUGGAAUUCAUCGAGGUGAAUCAAAGUCUUUUCCUCUUGUAUUUCCUGAAACUUGGAAGCAAGAAAAUCUUCGAGGUGUUCAUGCUCAGUUUAAUGUUGAAUGCGAAGAACUUUUUUACAGAGAUUUGCCAGAACUGGAUGAUUCUAUUGCUGAUAAGCUUCUCCUGGAUUAAGGCCGAUCAAUUUUUUGUAAUAAUAAAUAUUGGUUCUACAGUUAAUAUAUUAUAUAUACUUCAAAUUUGGUUAUAUUCGAAGCCUCAUGGAAAACCUGUGUUUGGGUUAUAAUUUCGAUAUUUUAGCCUUU